CGCCAGACUCACGGUCAUCGGUUGCUUAUUGCUCUAUUCAUCGUCGAAACGCGUUUAGGGUUCCAUAUGAUGUUACGCGGGAUUAAACAUGAGGCUCUUUUGGCUACCGCUUGUGUUGCCCUGGGCAGCAGCCGCUGCGCUGCGGGCGAAAAGGUCGACUACGCCGGCUUUAUGGUUCUCCGAGUGUCAUUCAGAGCUGGCGAUGAUGCACUGGCAGCCAAGAUCGAGGGUCUAUCUACCCGCUCACCCGCUGAAUCCUGGCGCGGAGAAACUCGACGUGGUCGUGUCUCCAGCAGAGGCCAAGGUUUUACGGAGCUUGUUACCUCAUACGAUCGUUGUCAACAACUAUGCAGGAGCUAAUUACUCUCGAGGACGAGGAAUUUACAAUAAGCUAAGACUAAGAAAUGUCAACUUCGAUGUUAUACUGGUCUGGGUAGAUAGUAUAUCCCUCGCUCGCGCUUUUUAAUAGAAAUAUGGCGCUUUUUAAUCGAAAUAUAAUAUUUAAGUUAUAA